AAGCCAGGAUCAGAGGGAUCCACAUGACCAGGUCCACAGCCCCAGUUGGUAAGGCAUGGCCAGGAGGCCUGGCACCACAUCCUAGGGAGCUGCUGUCCUCACCUCUGUGCUGGGGCUCCUGCAGCCUGCCUUGUGUCCUGGCCUUGGCCAUGAGCAUGGGGGCCAUGGGGUCAGAUGGAGCCUGCUGUCCGUUCUCCACACCAGCCCAUUCCUGCCGCUGGGCAGUUACUGCAACCCAUCACCCGAAAUAAACGCUCACAUGGGGCACCUCGAGUAUGGCCGGCUGGAGGAGGCAGGCAUCAAAGUGCAGGACGUCCGGCUGAACGGCUCCGCAACGGGCCACGUCUUGGUCAAAGACAACAGCCUGUGUUGCAAAGACCUGGACCUGAUCUUUCAUGUGGCUCUUCCCACAGAGGCAGAAUUUCAGCUGGUCAGGGAUGUGGUGCUGUGCUCCCUUCCAAACUUUCUGCUGCAGGGCGUGAACAAGCUCAAGAUCAGCCCGGUCACCCUGAAGGAGGCGUAUGUCCAGAAGCUGGUGAAGGUCUGCAUGGAUACUGACCGCUGGAGCCUGAUUUCCCUCUCCAAAAGGAACAGGAAGAACGUGGAGCUGAAAUUCGUUGACUCCAUCCGGUGCCAGUUUGAGUUUAGCGUGGACUCUUUUCAGAUCAUCCUGGACUCUCUGCUCUUCUUCUACGGCUGCUCCAGCAGCCCCAUCCCUGACCACGUCCACCCCACCGUGAUCAGGGAGAGCGUGUACGGGGACUUCAAGGAAGCCUUUGACCACCUGCAGAACAGACUGAUCACCACCAAGAACCCCGAAGAGAUCAGGGGCGGGGGACUGCUCAAGUACAGCAACCUCCUCAUGCGGGCCCGGCCCACAGACCAGGAAGCAAUCAAAGCUCUGGAGCGUUCCAGGUGCUCCAGGACUGAUGAAGGCAAGUACGUGGGCUUGGUCAAGCCCAGGACCCUGCGGGCACAGCCACAGAGCUUUCCCUUGGCUGACCUUGUGCCGUGCCAGGCACAGCACCUGCAUGCUACAGUGCAGCCCGGACACCAUCAAACCAGUCUGGGCCUGGGUUCCCACUGCCACAGCGCUCUCCGGAUAGACACCGUUCUUCAGCGGUGGUCCCGGAUGUGGCCGCUUCUGGGUCUGUCACCCAAGGGCUGA